UGGGUCAUAGAGCAAUCAGAUGCUCAGAAUAAAUUAAAGUAAGCCGGCCGAGAGAGAGUGAACAGCGCCCAUUUUGUAGUCAUCAGUGUUUGAAUAUUAACCAUGAGGGAAAUCGUACAUUUACAGACUGGUCAAUGCGGAAACCAAAUAGGAGCCAAGUUUUGGGAGGUGAUCUCUGAUGAGCACGGAAUUGACCCCACAGGAACGUAUCACGGUGACUCAGAUCUGCAGCUCGAGAGAAUCAAUGUCUACUACAACGAGGCUACCGGAGGAAAAUAUGUACCCCGGGCCAUUUUGGUCGACUUGGAACCUGGAACCAUGGACUCGGUCCGAUCAGGUCCAUUCGGCCAAAUAUUUCGACCAGACAACUUUGUGUUUGGACAGAGUGGAGCUGGUAACAACUGGGCCAAAGGUCACUACACGGAGGGGGCGGAGCUAGUGGACUCAGUCCUGGACGUGGUCAGGAAGGAGGCCGAGAGCUGCGACUGUCUACAGGGAUUCCAGCUGACUCACUCUCUCGGGGGCGGCACUGGGUCAGGAAUGGGGACACUACUCAUCUCCAAAAUCCGAGAGGAAUACCCCGACAGAAUCAUGAACACAUUCUCCGUCGUCCCAUCACCAAAGGUAUCAGACACAGUUGUAGAACCCUACAAUGCCACACUCUCUGUUCAUCAAUUAGUAGAAAACACAGACGAAACAUACUGCAUUGAUAAUGAGGCUCUGUAUGACAUCUGUUUCCGUACCCUCAAACUGUCCACACCCACCUACGGUGACCUCAAUCACCUCGUGUCAGCCACUAUGUCAGGGGUCACGACCUGUCUAAGAUUUCCCGGACAGCUGAAUGCUGACCUCAGGAAACUUGCCGUAAACAUGGUUCCCUUCCCACGUCUUCACUUCUUCAUGCCAGGGUUCGCUCCCCUAACCUCCCGGGGAAGCCAGCAGUACAGAGCUCUGACUGUCCCAGAACUCACACAGCAGAUGUUUGAUGCCAAAAACAUGAUGGCUGCCUGCGAUCCUCGCCAUGGCCGCUACCUUACAGUGGCCGCCAUCUUCAGGGGACGUAUGUCCAUGAAGGAAGUUGACGAACAGAUGCUGAACGUCCAAAACAAGAACAGCAGUUACUUUGUGGAGUGGAUCCCUAACAAUGUCAAGACCGCCGUCUGCGACAUUCCUCCCAGGGGUCUGAAGAUGUCCGCCACCUUCAUAGGAAACAGCACCGCCAUUCAGGAGCUCUUUAAGAGAAUCUCCGAGCAGUUCACGGCUAUGUUCCGUCGUAAGGCUUUCUUGCAUUGGUACACCGGUGAAGGUAUGGACGAGAUGGAAUUCACGGAGGCCGAGUCCAACAUGAACGAUCUGGUGUCAGAAUAUCAGCAGUAUCAAGACGCCACGGCUGAAGAAGAGGCAGAGUUUGAUGAGGAGGAAGAAGGAGAAGAAAUGUAAAGCAAUAAAAUCCACAAAACAGGAAGUUAACACAAGGACCAAUUUCUGUCAACACGGCUUUAAGAAAUCUCAAUGACUUCAGUUUUCUAGUCACUCUCUUCUCUUCUCUGUGAUCUGACUUCACACAACUUUGUGGACAUUUUGUGAAUCAUUUUUACUUUUACACAUUGUUUAAAGAGCUUAUCAUGAUUAAAAGUAUGAACAGAA